UAUCCUGUAGACGCGGGUAGUUGGGAGGAAAGAAAAAAAAAACAAAACACAACAUUUAGUAAUGAACCGGAGCCUUAAACCUGAGCUCUCCUACAAAUUAACAUGUGUAGCAUUCAGAUUAGACGGUGAAGUCACCGCCAGGGUCGACGAAGCAUCAGUAGCUAGCUAGCCGACCGGCCCUGUUGUCCACCAUGAAUUUAAGAGGACUCUUUCAGGACUUCAAUCCCAGUAAGUUCCUGAUCUACUCCUGCCUGCUGCUGUUCUCCGUGUUGCUCUCCUUGAGGCUGGAUGGCGUCAUUCAGUGGAGCUACUGGGCCGUGUUCACCCCAAUAUGGCUGUGGAAACUGUUGGUGAUCAUUGGGGCCUCAGUGGGCACUGGAGUGUGGGCACACAACCCCCAGUACAGGGCUGAAGGGGAGACAUGCGUGGAGUUCAAAGCCAUGCUGAUAGCGGUGGGGCUCCACGUCCUUCUGCUGAUGUUCGAGGUGUUGGUCUGCGAUCGCGUGGAGAAGGGGAAAUACUUCUGGCUGCUCGUCUUUAUGCCUCUCUUCUUCGUGUCGCCCGUUUCUGUAGCAGCAUGCGUCUGGGGUUUCAGACACGACCGCUCCCUGGAGCUGGAGGUCCUUUGUUCUGUAAAUAUCCUGCAGUUUAUCUUCAUCGCCCUGAAGCUGGACAGAAUCAUCAACUGGCAGUGGCUGGUGGUGUGUGUCCCGCUAUGGAUCCUGAUGUCCUUCCUGUGCCUUGUUGUCCUCUACUACAUCAUCUGGUCAGUUCUCUUCCUCCGCUCCAUAGACAUCAUCGCAGAGCAACGCCGCACUCACAUCACCAUGGCAAUCAGCUGGAUGACCAUCGUGGUUCCUCUUCUCACCUUUGAGAUCCUUCUGGUGCACAAGCUGGACGGCCACAACAGUCUGAGCUACGUGUGUGUGUUUGUCCCCCUGUGGCUCUCCCUGCUCACACUCAUGGCCACCACCUUUGGGCAGAAAGGAGGGAACCACUGGUGGUUUGGAAUCCGUAAGGACUUCUGUCACUUCCUGUUGGAGCUGCUGCCCUUCCUCAGGGAGUACGGCAACGUGUCCUACGACCUCCAACGCAGCGAGGACCCAGAGGCGGUGGAGGAUCUGCCUGUCCCUGAGCCUCCACCUAAGAUCGCCCCCAUGUUCCACAAGAAAACCGGAGUGGUGAUCACACAGAGUCCUGGGAAGUACUUUGUCCCUCCACCAAAGCUCUGCAUCGAUAUGCCCGACUAACAGAGCGUCCGAGCUGGAGUGCAGCUGCUGGACUCAUGUUUUAAAACUAUUAAAGCCAAACAGCAGAGGACACUGUUUAUAGAUUUAUCUGCUGACCUGAAGGAUUCAGAGAAAUGAGCUAAACUGAGCUGCAGGAUGAUGUGUUCAGAGCCAGUGUAGCGGUGGAUCAAAAUCCAUCAGACUGGUUCCUUCAGCUGUUUGAAGAAUUCCUGAAUCUGAAUUGAACAGCAAAGACACAAUGUGUUGCUUAUUCCCUGCUCUAUCCAAUCUAAUGAACACUUUAUGGUAUCUGACUGCAGAGAUAUCAGAGAUCCUCUGAUGAAUAGAUUUAGAUCUGUUUGAAGUAGAGUGGAUCUGACUCUGAAACGUUGACUUUAAGGGGAUAAAGCACGAGUCCAAAAAGAGACUUGGAUCAGUUUGUGAUGGGGACCAUCGAAAGACUCUCUGGCUUCAUUAUGGGAUCAGUUUAGCCCUCUUAUUUUUGUAGUCUCUUUUAUUUGGCCAUGUGUUGUACAUCCAUGGCUAAAUAAUAGAAAUAAGGGGUUGAUUAAUAUGUUUUUUUUCAGAUUUAUUUAAUUGCAAUACUUGCCAUCUGUGCACUAAAGACCAAGUCACUGUAAUCAUCCCCACGCUUAAAUAGUGCUUUUCCAUACCUUUUUCCUUUGAUUAUACAGUAGAUAAUUUUAUAAUAAUUAGAAUUACUUGCAGAAAAUUCUUAUUUUGCAGUGCAAACGUCUACAGAAGAGAUAAAAAUAACAAUAUACAAUCGACAGUAUAUACAAUUUAUAAUGCUGCUCAGUACAGAUGAAACAAUCUGAAUUUUGUAGCAAACUUUAAGAACUAUGAUAUAAAAACUGUAAAAUGAAAAUCCACUUUAAGUUUUAAAUAUUUUUAAGGUUUUAAAACCAAGGUAAGUCCUUGGUGGAUAUUUUAAACUGUCUUUAGAACGCUAGCUAGAAAGCUAGCACUUCUACAAAUUAGCUAAUUUUGGAAACCUCAAUGAUUGCUUGUGUUUAUCUCAGAGAUUCUCAUGGAUCCUAGAGGCUUUUAUUUACUCUGAGAUGUCAAAAGAUGUGUCAGCAUUUCUAAAUUAAGAAAAGAGAGAGGUUGACACUUUAAAAUAAGAGCAACUUUGCUGCAGAAUGUUCAGCCUUCUUGUUUUCUACCGAAAAUGUUGCUCUCUCAGCCUAAUAGAAAAGUUAGCUUCACAUAGCGGAUAUUCAAAAUAGGGUAUUUCAUUAUUGAAAAGAAACUUUGAUUACAGUGGCUUGUUUUUUUGUGUCUUUGAAAGCAUUGUUCUAAAAUAAACUUGAUUAAAAUUGUUUAUCAUUAGGAGAAAAUCUAAAACAGCACUUUGUUAACCAGUUCUGAGAGAAGCACUGUAGGACUUCUUAUGUUUUGUAUACCUCCUUUUUUUCUGUUUUUGUAAAUACUACAGCUCCUGAAGAUUGGGACCAGAAGAUUGAAAUAAAAUCAGUCCUACACUCCUAAUUAAAUCAA